CAUUGCGAUUGGUACAGUAUCCUUUGCUUCAUUUUUUGUUGUCAAGCCGUGGAUUUUUUUUUUCUCGUCCGUGGCCCCUGCUGUUUAUACCUGGCCGACCGGGUUGGUUAAGUGCUGGAUCACCCCAAGCCGUCCUCUCAAAUUGAAAUCGGCAAGAAGUGGAUGACAGGGGCUACUGUCAUGUUCUAUCCCUCGUCAGUGCCAGGAAUCGACGGACUGAACUUUUACUAGCAGGAGUUUGUUUUUCACCACACCAGAAAUGAACCUAUUUGAUCAUUUUAACUCACACGCUCAGCAUCAAGGAGAACAACAAACGCACAUUUUGCAAGUUAUUCAGUUUCAAGUCAGGUCGGCCAUUUAGUUUUUGUUGCUGAGCUUUGCAGUUUAUCAACAAAACUCAUCACAGCACAAGUGUAAAUAACACGAUUUUUGUUUAUAUUUGGAUCUCUAAGUUGCAUUUGCGGGUGAAUGUAAUUUUGACUUUUUGUGGUUGUUGUUUGCUCUGAAGAGUUCUUGACUCCUCCAUCACCAUGCCUCGACCGGCUCGGAGCACGUACAGCGACGCCAAGCCGCCCUACUCGUACAUCUCGCUUACGGCAAUGGCGAUCCAGAACUCCGGCGAGAAGAUGCUCCCACUGAGCGACAUCUACAAGUUUAUCAUGGAUCGGUUCCCGUAUUACCGGAAGAACACGCAGCGAUGGCAGAACUCUCUACGGCAUAAUCUCUCCUUUAACGACUGUUUCAUCAAGAUACCCCGCCGUCCAGACCGCCCGGGAAAAGGCAGCUACUGGGCCCUUCACCCGCUCAGCGCCGACAUGUUUGAGAACGGCAGCUUCUUGAGACGUCGGAAGAGAUUCAAAUCGCCCAGGAUCACCGCCAUUGAUCACAAUCUACAGAUUAAGCAGAUUGACUCGGCGAAGAUAUUCCAGGAGCAGGCGAAGAUUGGACUGCCACCGUUCGCUGCACUCGGUUCCCUGUCGCCGUACUCGGUUCCCAUGCCAAGCAUGGGCAUGACUUGUUGUACGGCCAGCUCGGCAUCCCCCACCGGUACCUACCCGUCAAAACACGGCCUCGUCUCGUCGGCCACCAGCCCCACCACACUCAAACAAGCUUUCACUAUCGAGAACAUUAUAUCACCGGACUUCAAACCAAAAUCCGGGCCACCACCACCACUGCAGAACGUCAAAGCAGUCACGUCAGUCCAGUCGUCAGCGACCAGUGUUAACACCGCGACUGUUCCGAGUCCGACUUUUACGAGCAGCAGGGUUUGGACUUCGAGUGCGGGGCGCUGUGUGGCACCCCUCUCCCCGGAAGAGCGGGCCUACUUGAGCGAGUACACGGCCCACUGUCGGACAAUUCUACCACCGUCGUUUCCCCAGACACCGGCGUUUCCCCUACCGAUCAAACCGGCCGUUCACGGGCUCGGGGCGAUGCCCGUUGUGCCACUCGGUACGUUCUCGUCAAAGUGCAAUAGACCUACGCUAGUAUAACCAUCCUUUAAUAGUCUGAUUGUAAGACAUUCGACUCUCUGUGUAUAUUCAAAAUACUUGACUUGAACAGGAUUGCUGGUUAGGUGAUUGUGCUGAGUUUUAAAAUGGAGGGACCAAACUGUGUAUACGGAGCACCUUUUGAAAGGUGUGUACAUACAAGUGUAACUUUUACUUUUAAAACAAAAUAUUUCAAUUUUAUUGUGCUUUUUUUUUUUAGGCUUGUCUUUUUUGCAAUUGCCUUUACGUUGUGGUGAAGAGAAGAUGAAAACGUGUGUUCACCCAACUUGUCAUUUAAAAACAAGAGUAUUAAAGGCACUGGACACUAUUGGUAUUUUUUUACAAAAUAGUUAUUAACAU